AACUAUUUCAGAAAUUAAAUGGUAAUGGUUUUACAUAUCUGGGGAUAUAGAAAAUCUAUAGUUUUAUUGGACUUUAGUUAGGCCACUUUGGAGUAUUGCAUGGCCUUCUGGUUGCCCCUACACAGGAAGGAUGUGGAGAAGAGGUUUACCGGAAAGCUGCCUGGAUUAGAGGCCAUUAGCAACAAGGAGAGGUCGGACAGAUUUGGAUUGUUUUCUAUAAACAAAGUUUGAGGGAAGAUCUGAUAGAAGUAUAUAAAAUUAAUGGAUAGGUGAUGUAUCGGAUCGGGACCCUUCUUCAGAUCUGAAACGUCACCUAUCCAUUUUCGCCAGAGAUGCUGCCUGGCCUGCUGAGUUACUCCAGCAUUUUGUUUAUUCCAGCAUCUGUGAUUUUUAUUACAUUAUAAGCUUGUGUCCUGGUGCUAAAUGUGAAAUUAUCUUCCAGGAAGCAGCAAUGUCCAUAUUGCAGGAAAAAGGUGAAGGGUGCGACUCGAUCUGUGAUACCUAUGAUCCACAACUUGCUUGGACAAUUGAUAAUGAAGUGUGACAAAAAAAUCCACGGUUGCCGACACACCUUUCCACUAGAGCAGCAGGAAAGCCACAAAGCAGCUUGUGAAUACAGGAUGGUGAGCUGCAGAUACGAGGGCUGUGCGGCUGAAAUGUUUCACAAGGACAUUACUGCCCAUGAAAAGGCUUGUGAACACUGGAGCCAGCCGUGCAGGAUGGGAUGUGGGGUCCAACUCGCCCGGAAUCAGCUGGAGGAACACAACUGUUACAAGGACACAAAGAGAAAGUACAAGGAGAGGAUCGCCGUGCUCAAAAGGCGCUUGAGUUGUAUGCACCGUCGUCUGAAGUUAGUUGAAGGAAGUGCGCGGCGUUUGACUGCAGGCAAUCGCCUGCAGUAUUUGGAGUCCUAUGUCUGUGGAGAUGCUGGUGAGUAAUCAGAGUAAUCUCGCAGAAUAGAUUGGACUCGAGAAUAUAGUUACAAAACAGACACAAGGAUAGAGUUUUUAAUGUUUGUGUAUAAAUGCCUGACAUUUUAAACUAUUGCAUCUUCUAAAAUAAUCCUUUCUUCCAAAUGUUUUUUUAUCUGCAAGAGCUUGGAUCAUUGGAUAAUGGGGUAAUGGACAAUGGCUAAUGAUACAUUGGAUGAAGAGCUUGAAGCAUUGGAUAUUUGCCAAGACUCAAUGGCAACUCCUGGCCACUAUAUGAAAGAUCC